UAACAAAGAAGAAGAAGAAGAACACCAUUGUUCCUUCUUCUUUCUCUCUUUCCAUCAAAUUGAAUAACAUUAAUUUGAUGAAUGGGAACGUUUAAGAGCUUCAGAAAUGUCUAUGGAGCUCUCAAGGACUCCACCAAGGUUGGCUUAGCCAAGGUUAAUAGCGACAACAAGGAAUUGGAUAUUGCAGUUGUAAAAGCUACCAGCCAUGCAGAAUAUCCUCCCAAAGAACGUCAUGUUCGAAAAAUCUUCUAUGCCACAUCAGCACACCAACCAAGGGCAGAUAUAGCUUACUGCAUACACCUACUUUCCAAGAGACUUUCCAAGACACAAAAUUGGAUAGUUGCCAUUAAAACAUUGAUAGUGAUUCAUAGGAUAUUGAGAGAAGGUGAUCCUACCUUCAGAGAAGACCUUGUAAGCUACUCAAGGAGGAUACAUUUUCUCCAAAUAUCCAAUUUCAAUGAUGACUCAAGCCUUCUGUCUUGGGAAUGUUCUGAAUGGAUUCGAGCCUAUGCACUAUUUUUGGAAGAAAGACUUGAAUGUUAUAGAAUCCUUAGAUAUGACAUCGAAUUUGAAACAAAACCAUCAACUAUUUCGACAAAGGUAAAUAACAGAACACGAAUGUUGGCUAGUGAUGAAUUGUUGGAGCAGCUUACUACACUUCAGAAACUUCUACAUUGCCUUAUUGACUGUCAGCCUGGAAGAUUGGCUUUUAGAAAUUAUCUAAUACAGUAUGCUUUGGCCCUGGUAUUAAAGGAGAGCUUCAAAAUAUAUUGUGCUCUCAAUGAUGGAAUCAUAAAUCUUGUGGAUGCGUUCUUUGACAUGUCAAGAUAUGAUGCAGUAAAGGCUUUGCAUAUUUAUAAAAUAGCUAUGCUACAGGCUGUUAAUCUUGCACACUUUUAUGAACGCUGCAAGGACUUAGACCUUGCUAGGAGUUUUCAAUUUCCAACCUUGAGACAGCCACCUCAUUCUUUUCUUAUCACAAUGGAAGAAUACAUUAAAGAAGUACCCACAUCAGGCUCUAUUAAUGAGAAACAGGAAAAUGAUCAAACUUCUCAAAAUGAAGAAUCAGAGAGCGAAGAAUCCAAAGAGACUCAAGCAGUUGAGAAACAAGCUGAAGAAGUCAAUGAGAAAGAACUGGUAGAUGAAGAAACACAACCUAAGGAAGAGGAGGUUGAACCUCCUUCUUUGAUAUCAUUUGAUGCUACUGACGAUCUGUUGGGUCUAAAUGAAAUCAAUCCAAAAGCUCAAGAACUGGAGGAAAGCAAUGCAUUGGCACUUGCAAUUGUACCACCCGGCGGAAAUAACUCCACCAAUCUUGCUUUGACUAACAUAAGUGGAACUUCUGCUUGGGAACUUGCAUUGGUUACAACACCAAGUAACCACUCCAGCCCAGCACCAAACCGCAAAAUGGCUGGUGGAUUUGACAAGCUAUUACUAGACAGUUUAUAUGAAGAUGAAAAUGCAAGGAGACAGCUUCAACUACAAAAUGCAGGUUAUGAAUAUGAGGGAAUGACUCUGCAUAACCCAUUCAAUCACUAUACUCAACAUGAUCCAUUUGCAAUAGGACCUCCACACAAUGUGCAAAUGACAUUGACGGCUCAACAACAUCAACAACAACAACAUCAUCAUCAAAUGAUGUUCCAACAGCAGCAACAACAUAACAUGAUAAUGGUCCCAGCUUACCAGUAUCCGCAUAAUAGUCAAUACUCUCAACGGAGUUCUUCUAAUCCAUUUGAAGAUCCCUUACCAGUAUCUAGCCAUUCUUAUAGUUCCACGCACCAUCAAGUGAAUUACAAUUUUAUCUAGACUUCAGUUUCUUUCCCACUUGAAGAAGGGCUCAUUGAAAAUUCAUUUAUUGUUGGUAAAUGAAUGUUACAUGUACAUUAUCAUUCGUAACAAUAAACGAUUCAUUGUUCAUAUAUAUGGUUGGGUUGAUGGGGAAAAAAGUUAAUAAGUUAAGAGGGGUGCUAGCAACACA